AAGGCGAACAGAAGAAGCCGGCUAGCUACUGUAAACAAAAGCCGAGCCGCCCGUCUGUCAAACAAACUCCCAAAACUGCGUCACGUGGACAGGAGAGAUGACGUCAGAGACGUCCACGCGACAGUAAAACUCGGCCGGUGUCCGGCAGCAGUUCAGUCCGGGACCCGGAGCCGCCAUGACCCGGCCUGCAGUCUGACUGGAAGAUAAUGGCUGCAGAGCUGUUUCCCACCAAGAAGCUGGUCCCCUCCGCCUCAGCGAGCAGCACCUCCUCCUCCUCCUCCUCCUCCUCCUCCAUCCAGCAGCACCAGCAGCAGAACCUCACCAACAACAACACGACCACCGCCGCGCAGGGCGGCUGCAACUGGCAGGGCGUGUUCCCGACCAUCCGGGAGAGGAAUUCAGUCAUGUUCAACAAUGAGAUGAUGGCAGAUGUUCACUUUGUGGUCGGGCCGCCUGGCGGGACGCAGCGGGUACCGGGACAUAAGUACGUCCUGGCCGUCGGCAGCUCCGUGUUCCACGCCAUGUUUUAUGGAGAGCUGGCGGAGGACCAGGAGGAGAUCCGGAUCCCCGACGUGGAGCCCCCUUCGUUCCUGGCCAUGCUGAAGUACAUCUACUGCGACGAGAUCGACCUGUGUGCCGACACCGUCCUCGCCACCCUCUACGCCGCCAAGAAGUACAUCGUGCCUCACCUGGCCCGGGCCUGCGUCAACUUCCUGGAGACCAGCCUGAGCGCCAAGAACGCCUGCGUGCUGCUCUCCCAGAGCUGCCUGUUCGAGGAGCCCGACCUGACGCAGCGCUGCUGGGAGGUGAUCGACGCCCAGGCCGAGCUGGCGCUGCGCUCCGAGGGCUUCUGCGACAUCGACGCUCAGACGCUGGAGAGCAUCCUGCGGCGGGAGACGCUCAACGCCAAAGAGAUGGUGGUGUUCGAGGCGGCGCUGAGCUGGGCCGAGGCCGAGUGUCAGCGGCGAGACCUGACGCCGACCAUCGAGAACCGCCGCCUGGUGCUGGGGAAGGCCAUCUACCUGAUCCGCGUGCCCACGAUGGUCCUGGAGGACUUCGCCGACGGGGCGGCGCAGUCCGGCGUGCUCACGCUCAACGAGACCAACGACAUCUUCCUGUGGUACACCGCCGCCAACAAGCCCGACCUGCUGUUCUGCACCACGCCUCGCAAAGGCCUGGCGCCGCAGCGCUGCCACCGCUUCCAGUCCUGCGCCUACCGGAGCAACCAGUGGCGGUACCGGGGCCGCUGCGACAGCAUCCAGUUCGCCGUGGACAAGCGCGUCUUCAUCGCCGGCUUCGGCCUGUACGGCUCCAGCUGCGGGUCGGCCGAGUACAACGCCAAGAUCGAGCUGAAGCGCCAGGGCGUGUCCAUGGCGCAGCGGGUCAUCAAGUACUUCUCCGACGGCUCCAGCAGCACGUUCACCGUGUCGUUCGACUACCCGGUGCAGAUCGAGCCCGACACGUUCUACACCGCCAGCGUGGUGCUGGACGGCAACGAGCUCAGCUACUUCGGCCAGGAGGGCAUGACGGAGGUGCAGUGUGGGAAAGUGACCUUCCAGUUCCAGUGCUCCUCGGACAGCACCAACGGCACCGGGGUGCAGGGGGGCCAGAUCCCCGAACUGGUCUUCUACGCCUGAGAGGGGAGGGCGCGAGCUUUUACUUUGAAGGGGCGGAGACGAUUUCGAAGGAGGGGAGGGGACUCUGGAAUUUGCUGCUGAGACUCGGGAGGCGGUUUGAUCGGAAAAGGCGCGGAUGAAGAAGAACCUCACAUUCCUUCACACCUCUGUUGUUGUUGAUUUGUUUGUUUACAGCAGCUGUUGUUGAGUUAGGGUCAUCACCGUGGUAAUUGGAUAAAACACCCAGACAGGACGGUGUGUUUCUUGGCUAACGCAGCGUGUUAGAUACCCGAUAAAUCAAAGUACUUCCUCACAGUUUUUUUUUUUAUCAUGUUAAUGUAAUAUUGGCACAAAGCAUUCCUGAUCGAUUAUGUAAAACGUUGCUCAUAAUGUCCGAAUACGCCCAGAGACGUCAAGGGGAGAGUUACCGUGUCAUCACCAGUAACUGCACAUUUAUACACGGUGUGAUGGUACAUUUAGUCAUAAUCCCACAAAAAUACACUCUCACUCACACACACACACAACUCCCAAUCUCAGCAUUGCUUUGUGCUGAUUGGCUGAUCCGACCUCGCGUGAGGAGGCGGGGUCUGAAACUUCAAAGCUGUCCCCACAAUCUGUUCACGUAAUCCCCGAAUGUACGUACUAUUUUCACGAUCAAUGUUCUUAAUGAUUAAUCCAUUUUGUAUUAUUAUUAUUAUUAUUAUUAUUAAUCUCGCUGAACAAUCAACUAAACGUAUAAAAGCUGAAGUCUCUUCCUCAGAUCAAUUCACUACUCAAACGACAUUAAAAGCACUUAUAAAUGUGCGUUUCAAUGCACGCGCCAAUACAAUAAAAAUCACGUCGUCGUCUCCACGACAAAAAGUUCAGUUUUAUGAGACGUUAAAAAUGUUUAAAAGUUGCACAUCUGAAUUUUUCUCUCAUGACGAUCCGACUUUGGUUUCAAUUUUUUUAUUUUAAGGAUUUGAAAAACAUUCCUGUUAUUAAAAUUGAAGGACUUUUUUUUUUUUUUUAAACGGACCAAAAAACGAAGCACUACUUUUUCUGUUUUGACCUGUGUUGUUGUUGUUGUUGUUUGUUUGUUUGUUCUGGUAUUUGAAGGCUCUCACCUGAGCAGACGACAACAUGGCGACGCCUCUCGACAGCCGCCGCCAUGUUGAGAGCCGCGCAGAGGCAACAAAAAUGCUCCGAACUUCAGACGAGUAAUACCUUUUUUUUUUUUAAAAGAAUAUUUGUAACACGACAACUGAUCGCACUCCCGACUUCUUCUGUACGCACUACUCAGACACUGUGCUUUUAUUUUGAAAGGCGUGACCUCAUGCUUAUACUACAUCCUUUAUUUCUCCUCCAUGUUGCAGACGUGUAAAUAGUUCUGUCUUCUUCUUCUUCUUCACCGGCUCUCUUUGAAAAUGGAGGGUUGAGAAAAAAAUAAAGUUUUUAUAUGAUUCUAUAUUGAAGAAGCAUA